AUGCCAGCUAUUAGUGAAAUUAGCAGUCCCAGAACACUCUACGACAAGGUCUUUGAUGACCAUGUUGUCCACAAGGAUGAGUCUGGAUCAUACCUCCUGUAUAUCGACCGUCAUCUUGUGCACGAGGUUACCUCUCCUCAAGCUUUUGAAGGACUCAGAACCGCGGGAAGAAAAGUAAGAAGAACAGACUGCACCUUGGCCACGGUGGAUCACAACAUUCCAACCGUUUCCAGAAAAACCCUCAAAAACAUCGACACAUUCAUUAAGGAGGACGACUCGAGACUCCAGGUGAAAACUCUUGAACAGAACGUCAAGGACUUCGGUGUCACCUACUUCGGCAUGACCGAUGACCGCCAGGGAAUUGUCCAUGUCGUUGGACCUGAACAGGGAUUUACUCUUCCCGGAACCACGGUGGUUUGCGGUGAUUCCCAUACGUCUACACACGGUGCUUUUGGUUCAUUGGCCUUUGGAAUCGGUACAUCAGAGGUGGAACAUGUUCUGGCUACCCAGACGAUUAUCCAAGCCAAGUCGAAGAACAUGAGAAUAACUAUCGAAGGCAAGCUUUCGCCUGGUAUUACUUCCAAGGAUCUCGUUUUGCAUGUGAUUGGAGUCAUUGGCACUGCUGGUGGUACUGGAAGCGUGAUUGAGUUUGCGGGCCAGGCCAUUGAAGAGUUGUCUAUGGAAGCAAGAAUGUCGAUUUGCAACAUGGCAAUUGAGGCUGGAGCUCGUGCUGGUAUGAUCAGACCAGAUAACAUUACUCUGGAGUACAUUAAGGGCCGUCCAUUGGCCCCUAAGGGCGCUGAGUGGGAGAAGGCUGUUUCGUACUGGAACAGUCUCUACACUGAUGAGGGUGCUCAUUUCGAUUACGACAUAGUGAUCAAGGCUAGUGAUAUCAUUCCCACCAUUACUUGGGGUAAUUCUCCCCAGGACGCUCUUCCAAUCACGGGAAAGGUCCCUGACCCAGCAGACGUAUCUGACCCCAUCAAGAAGGCCAGUAUUGAGAGAGCCCUCAGUUAUAUGGGCUUGACCCCAAACACUCCUCUGAAAGAGCUCUCAAUCGACAAGGUGUUCAUUGGUUCGUGUACCAACUCACGUAUAGAGGAUCUGAGAGAGGCUGCAAGAGUUGUGAGAGGCCACAAGAAGGCUGCCACUGUGAAACACGCCUUGGUGGUUCCAGGUUCGGGACUCAUCAAGAAAAGAGCUGAGGCUGAGGGCCUUGACAAGAUCUUCCAGGCUGCAGGCUUUGACUGGAGAGAGGCUGGUUGUUCCAUGUGUCUUGGUAUGAACCCAGACAUCUUGGACCCAGAAGAGCGUUGUGCUUCCACCUCCAACAGAAACUUUGAAGGACGUCAAGGUGCUCUUUCUAGAACUCAUUUGAUGUCACCAGCCAUGGCUGCUGCUGCCGGUAUCAUGGGUCAUUUUGUGGAUAUCAGAGAGUUCCCAUAUGCCGAUCCGGUUGACCAGCCCAAAGUGACAAUUGAGCCCAACGCUUCCGAAUCUGCUGCCUUGCAAAAGGCCAUAUACGACCACGAAAAGACCCCGUUGGCUCCUGGUGAGACUUCUGAAGAGGCGGCUGAAGACGAGAUCAACGACAUUCCUCCAGAGGACCACACUGCCAAAGAGACCCCUUCCGAACCAGCAGGUCCAACUGGAAUGGACGAGUUCACCACUUUGACCAGUAUCGCUGCUCCUUUGGACCGUGCCAAUGUCGACACCGAUGCCAUCAUUCCAAAGCAGUUCUUAAAAACCAUCAAGCGCACUGGGCUUUCUGCUGGACUGUUUUACGAGUGGAGAUUUGCCAAAGAUGCCUCUGGAAACAUGGUAAAGACUGACUUUGUGCUCAACACUCCUCCAUUCACAAAGUCCCAGAUUUUGUGUGUGACUGGAGACAACUUUGGAUGUGGCUCUUCCCGUGAACACGCUCCAUGGGCCUUGAAAGACUUUGGAAUCCGUUCCAUCAUCGCUCCAUCGUUCGGUGACAUUUUCUACAACAACUCUUUCAAGAACGGCCUUUUGCCCAUCAGAAUUUCCCAGGAUGUGAUAGAGAAGGUUUUGUAUCCUCUCGCUGUUGCUCAGAAGGAGCUGACGAUCGAUCUGCCCCAGCAAAAGAUUUUUGGCCCAGACGGUGAGGUUUUGGUUGACCAUUUUGACGUCGAGCCUUUCAGGAAGCACUGCUUGGUCAACGGUUUGGACGAUAUUGGAAUCACCAUGCAGAAGGAAGAUUUCAUCCAGAAGUAUGAAGAUGUUAGAAGAAGCAAGUUUUCGUUCCUGGAAGGUGGUUCUAAGCUGAUUGUUCCAGUAAAAGGAACAAAGAAGAGCCCUUACGGAAACAAGGCGCAGGAGUGGUAA